UGUAAAACUAGUUUCAAAAUCGCAUUAAAUAUACAAACCGCCACUCUAUGGUUUUCGCGCGUUUGAAGUAGAAUAUUGGAGCGCCCAAGUGUUCGCAUGUGAUCAGUGCGCGGCAAUCGGUUGUUUUCAUGCGAGUUGUGAUGCGACAUCAGCGUUACGGAGCACCGUACUCCUCAGUGCUUUACGCAAACAUUCUAUAAUUAUGAUCUAAACCACAUAUGAGAGCCGUUGUCGACUUUGCUUAGCAGAUUCGAAUCGACGAUUAUCCUCAUUGUUUUAUUAGAUCACUAAAAUCGUUUAAAUAAAGUGUUGUACUUCAGAACCAGGUAGUGGAAGUUGUGUGGUUUUUGGAAGUUGAAAAGUGGAUUGUUGGUAAAUGUUGGAUUCUUGCCGAAGUUUCGCUUGGGUCUUAUGUUAUUAAAUAUUCCAAAGCUUCUAAUCGUUGUGACUUGCUGCAAUACUGUAGCCUCCGUGUGUACUCUUUUGCGUUAUCGGAGGAAUGUUGUGAGCUAGUGGGGGCACUGUUACGUUUUGAGUACAAUCUUUUUUCAAGUCGUAAUGGACACAACCGUUUGCAGACAGUAAAAACUUUUCUUGCAAAAGCUGCUGUUUGUGAGUUUUCGCUUGUCGCUGUCUUUACUAGCUGGAGUCGUAGCUAACACAGGCAGUGCAGUAGCGGCCAUCCAGCCGCUACGGGCCGUCCGAGCACAACGGAUAGCAACGCCGGUCGCAGGAUGGUGCUCGCCGCCAACGGGCAUCACGGUGACUCGUCGGAUGAUGACCGUGAACGCGAGAAUGUGAUUCACAUUGGCAGUGCAUAUCAGGCCACCUGCCCAGAGCUUAUUUCUUCAGGUACACCCUGUCCAGCCGGAGUGCCCGAUAAGGCCCUCUUAGUAUGGAAACCCGAAGCGCAUAUUUCAGACAGUUCUCUAGAAACUUAUAUCACUUUGGCCAAGGAGAAGUAUGGCUACAACGGAGAACAGGCGUUGGGUAUGUUAUACUGGCACGGUUAUGAUGUGGAGAAGGCAAUCCACGAUUUGCCGAACUUCACGCCGCUGCCGGAUGAGUGGACCGUGGAAGAUAAGGUGCUGUUUGAACAAGCGUUCCAAUUCCACGGCAAGAACUUCGCAAAAAUUCGUCAGAUGUUGCCUGACAAGACUAUUCCUUCACUUGUUAAGUACUACUAUUCUUGGAAAAAAGCUAAAAAUCGAGUAUCACUUAUGGACCGCCAGGCAAGAAGGCUUCGACAUGACGAAGCUGACGAUGGAGGAAGCGGUAACGCAACUGAAAACGAGUCCGAUUCAGAUGAAAAGGAUCCCGCGUGUAGCCACUGCGGGCAAAGCGGUGGGCCGCAGGGUGGAUUGGUGGCUUCGCCGAAGGGAAGCCUAUGUGCUGGCUGCAAUCAGCAUUGGAAGAAGACUGGCAUGUUGCCAAAAACCGGCGGCUUGUCGAAGCACAUCGUUGGACUCGGAGGUGCUUUAAAUGGGGUGACUGGCGCAGACCUCAAAAAGCAAAAAAAACCGCCAAAAGGCAUGCAUUUAAACUACCAAGACCUUAUGGCAAUCGCAGCGGGACCUCCCGGCCAAGGAGAUGCCAUUCUCAAAGGGCUCGAUUCUGAGCUAUGUUCUUUGAAGCGGCAGGUUCAGCUAAACAAAGCGGAUAUUUCGAAGUUGCGCGAGGAAACUUCUAAAGGGAGCGUUAUCAACUGGAUGAUGUUCUCUCAGAGUGGGAGGAGGAGCAAGGCAUUUCUCCUCGGACGAAUCAAAAACCCGAAGCUGAGCGCGAUGUUCCCAAGAUCAACGAGACCUCAGGUGCUGGAGCGCUCUCACGAAGUACUUCGCCAGGUGUCAGAAGUAUCAGCAAUAAUAGCACUAACUGUGGAAGCGGCAGUGCUCCAGGGUCACCUUCGUCUGCAAAGAUUUCGAAACUCAACUGAGCUAAGCACAGGAAUAAAUACCACAGAAGCCAUUGACGUUGAGGCCAAUAAAUCCAUGGAUACGUGGGACAUAAGCUCCCAGCUGUGGAGAAUGAAGUACAUUACGUAUCCAUCGAAGCAGCCUUUCUGUAAGCACAUUAUUAAUUAAGAACGGAUAACCUGAUAACGCGCAAGUCGGCGACGUUGUGACAUAACGUUUGAACAACGGCAUGAUUGAUUUACAUCGUGGUAAAUAUUUUAAUUUUCGUUCUUGUUUCUCACGAUAUAAAGUGCAGAGUUUUUGGUUAUGAAUUAUUGUCAGAGCAUGAAUCCUCACCUGGGAAAUACAUCUGAGAAAAACAAAUGUAAAGAUACAAAGUAAUAUUGAGGAAUUUUUAUCGUUCCUUCCUAUCGCCUUUGUUAUAGAGUAAACAAGGCUGCAAGAUAUUACGUCUGUAGUAUACAUUUUUCGGUCGAAACGGUAGAAAAUUCUAGAAAUUGAUUAUGACACCAGGGCUUCUGGAAACAAUGAUGCGCCUCACAUAUCUAAUUAAGACUUCUUAAGCCAUAAUGACAAAAUUUGCAAAGUGGGCGACAGAGUUAAUACAAGUUUUUGAAUACUAAUUAAACAACUGCACUUUUGCCUAUUGAAGUAAAUGUGCGUGUGAAUCGUACAUGCUUGAAUAUCGAUUUAAGUAAAACCCACAUUUCUGCUUAUAUUUAACUGAGUUAACAUAGCAUGAGUACUUUUUAAGAUCAUGCAACUCUUCUUUGGGCUUUUCCCUCUACUUCGAUCAACCCACGUAUUAGCGGUUUUUGUUUAAGGUUAAUGCUUGAAAACCGGCUGGAUUCCUGGCUUGUGGCAUCUAAGCAAUAGUGCUUGCGUUUACGGUUGUAACGUUGUGAUCUAGUCGCAACGGACUUCAUUAUGAUGUUCGCAAUUUUGGCUGCGUCCGAUAAUACCUAACCAUAAUGGCUCUAUUACAAAGCUAUACCUAGCCCACUAUUGUAUAUUGCAGUAUCGUUUCUACAGAAUAUAUGACCUCUAUAUGUACUAAAAAACUAUAGUUUUUCUAUUAACAUAUAUUUUUUGUAAGUGCACAGAGAAAAUAUUCCUUGAUGCCCCUUCUAGCGUUAUUAGCAUUACGGUGAAUUACAUCUGCGCAGCGAGUUAAUGUCGGUAACAGUGUUACUCUUAAAAAAGAGUUUGAUGUAGCCAUGCUUGUCCUCCGACUAGAUAGCCGUAGAUAAGAGUAGAAGGAGACUGGUUUCAUAAAAAUCCUUAUGAAUGGGACUUGUGAACUUAGGUGACCUUAACUGCUGCAAAAGUCGAAUUUGUCACCUUAUAUUCAUAUGUAGCUGUAUAUUGAAAAAUGUCAUCGUUAAAUUAGACCAUUUGAAGCACAAUACCGCUGGGGCUCAUUUAUUUUUAUAUUUUUUUUCGCCGCAAAUUAUUAUCUAUACAAAUUCACUUUGAAGGUAAGCUGUAGCAAAAACGGAUCUCCUCAAUGGACGUCUACAUAAUGUAUCGUCAGCUUCGACAGGAACG